AUGCAUGAAAGCAAUCCAGUGGACAGUGAAGAUGAUGCGCUGGAUUAUCUGAAGCGAUUCGGUUACAGUUCGUGCAAUGCUUCAUUGCCUGUUCAGUGUAGUGAAAAUUUUGCUUCGAUGCUCACCGAAUUUCAACGUUACUUCGGAUUGAAUAUGACCGGUGUUGCAGAUAAGGAAACACAGGCUAUUAUGAAUCUGCCGCGAUGUUCGGUGCUGGAUAAGCCAGAUGUAAACAUAUUGCAGGAAAUCAGCAAUAAAAAAUGGUCUCGUCUCUCUCUAACCUAUCGUCUUGAAUCGCACGUCGAUUUCCAGCAAAUAAGUUAUGCGAAUCAGAUUAGCAUCGUGCAGGAUGCAUUUAACGAAUGGUCAAAACACACGCCUUUAACAUUUGAAAUGGUCUGUAAAACAUGUUUAUCAGAUAUUGUACUGCAAUUCGUGGAAGGCGAUCAUGGCGAUGGUGUACCAUUUGACGAGAAAACAUUAGCGCACGCGUUUUUGCCAACUGAUGGUAGAAUCCAUUUCGAUUCCCAAGACACAUGGACAGAAUUGUAUAAUUCGACAUCAAAAACGGUGAUCAAUCUGUUUCUUAUCGCUAUGCAUGAAAUCGGUCACGCGUUAGGUCUUGAACAUGUAAAAAAUAGACAGUCGAUCAUGUUCCCGACUUAUCAGCUAAAACAACGAUCUGACGUACUAACAUUCGUUGAUCAACAAGCGAUACAAGCUCUUUAUGGAAAAAAAGCUGAAGCAGACUCAAGAAUCAGUAAUUUUGAAUUGAAACGCGACGAGCCCUCUACGCCAACAAUUCCAAAAUGGCAGCGAAGCGCAGAAACAUUAGACGCUGAUAAACGUCAUAUUGCACCAAAAGAAACUUAUUAUAAUGAUAAAGUCGAAAAUGCUAGUGAAGAAAUAUGUCCAAGUGAAAAUUCUACAGCAGACAUAACACCACCAAACACACUCGGAACUUCGGCUACUCGUCUUACUGCUACAACAACAACAAUCAAAACAACGACAACAACGAUAAUCAUUACUAAACCACUGCAGACAACACCAACGACACGAACUACAACAACUACCAUUCCUACUGCUCGUCGUAAAAGUACAAUAACACAAUUUGAGCCGAUACUUCAACAUGUCUCUACUUGUAUUUCGACGGGAUCAACGACCGGUAAUAAUGAUUAA